CUGUGCUGUUCCCAUCUCAGGCAGCUCAUUAGGGUGUCUGGGACCCGAGCUGCUGUGGAAAUGUGGGUGGGCUGAGACGGGAUUAGAGGCAGCUGGGAAGUCCCGCUGCCCCGUGGUUAGCACAGGGCUGCUGCUGGCUCAGAACAAGGCUCCAUAUGUGUUGGUUUUCCCAUGGUCGUAUCUCCUAAACCUCUGCUUGUGGCUGCUGCUGGACCAGGCUGCCUGGGAGAGGUGGGCAUGGGGCAACCAGGCUGGUGGUGGGGCCAAAGGAAGAGUAGGGCUGGUGCCCCAAGGAGUCACGAUCCCUGGCUGUGUGCUGGGGGCUGCAGGGCUGAGCCGCACGCAGCGUGCUGGCUGACGUGCACAGCGUGUUCUCAGGGCCGACUGCUUGUCUUCAAUCGAGAGGGUUCACAAGCAAGAAACCAGCCACUCCAUCUCCCAGUCAAUCACUCUGUUUGCUGAGGAAGUGCGAGCUGGAAGCCGCUCUGCUGCAGUGAUUUCCGUAACCCCGCCGCUGCCCCUGUGCUGAUUCAUUGAUUUGGACGGGUUAUAUACUGGGAGGGGAAGCGUGAACCGCACUCGGCGCUCCUGCCAGCACGGAGCUGUGCUCGCUCAGCGCUCACGGCUGCAGGACAUGGGCCCCAUGGAGCAGGGAGGUUGGUGGCUGCUGCUGCUGCUGCUGGGCUUCCACCCGGUCCGCGGGCAGUGCCCGGAGCAGUGCCAGUGUGUCCGCACUGCCCAGGUGGAGUGCUCGGGCGCCGGCAUCACCGCUGUCCCCAGCCCCAUCCCCGCCAAUGCGGUGACCCUGCAGAUCGUCAACACGCGCAUCACCGAGCUGGGCGAGGCAUCCUUCGGCAACGCCUCCCUGCUCAUCGGGCUGCGCAUCGAGAAGAACGACCUGCGGCACGUCAGCCCCGACGCCUUCCAGCACCUGCCCGACCUGCGCUACCUCAGCCUGGCCAGCAACAAGCUGCAGGAGCUCCCGGUGCAGGUCUUUCAGCCCCUGGGCAAGCUGGAGUCGCUGCUCCUCUCCAGCAACCAGCUGCUCCGCGUGGAGCCUGACCACUUCGCUCACCUGAGCAACCUGAAGGAGCUGCAGCUGCACGGGAACAAUCUCCGGGAGCUGACGGAGGGGCUGUUCGACCAGCUCGCCAGCCUCACCAAGCUCAACCUGGCCCGCAACAACCUCGACCGCCUGCCACCCCGCGCCUUUGAGCGGCUGCCCCAGCUGCAGGUGCUGCGGCUCUACGAGAACCGGCUGCGGCACAUCCCGGCGGGCGCCUUUGAUGCGCUGCCCGAGCUGCAGGAGCUGGGCCUGCACCAGAACCAGCUGGAGAUGCUGUCCCCGGAGCUCUUCGUGCACAACGGGAACCUGCAGAAGCUCUACCUCUCCAACAACCUCCUCACUGCCCUGCCUGCUGGCAUCUUCCUGCCGCUGCGUGCCCUCUCCAAGAUCACCCUGCACGUCAACCGCCUGCACAACAUCUCCCCGGCCGCCUUCGGCCCCAUGCCCAACCUGCGGGAGCUGUGGCUCUAUGAGAACGAGCUGGCCGCUCUCCCCGCCGCUGUCUUCAGCAAUCUCACCCAGCUGCAACUCCUGGUGCUCAGCAAGAACCAGCUCCGAUCUCUGGCUCCGGGGGCUUUCCGUGGGCUGGGUGAGCUGCUGGAGCUCUCGCUGCACUCCAACGCCCUGCGCCGGCUGGAUGCUGGGGUGCUGGGGGGAAUGCCCAAGCUGCAGAACAUCUCCCUGCAGAACAACCGCCUGCAGACGCUGCCCCGCGGCCUCUUUGCUGCCACUCCGAGGCUGCAGCACAUCCAGCUGCACGCCAACACUUUGGAGAGCCUGCCUGCAGGCAUCUUCUCCCCACUGUCUGCCGUGCGGGAGGUGAAGCUGCACAACAACUCGUGGCGUUGUGAUCAGGCCAUCCUGCCCCUGCGUGCUUGGCUGGAGGCGAACCCCAGCAAGGUGGGUGAGACCCCCCCCGUGUGCGCCCAGCCGGCCCCGCUGCGGGGAACACCCAUUGCCGAGCUGCAGCAGGACCAGCUACCCACUGCCCGGCCCAGCAGCCCGCUGCCUGCCCGCCCUUCCCAGGAAGCAUUGCCGUCGGGGUCCCCCACCACGCUGCCAGCCACCCCUGUGUCUCGGGAGGAGGAAGAAGAGGAGGAAGGCAGGGGGUGGUGGGGGCUGACACGCACGCAGAGCGCAGUGGUUGGGGCCAUCAUCGUGCUGGUGUGCGUGGCCCUGCUCUGUGCCCUCGUGGCACUGGUGGUGUACGGCUGUAGAAAGAAGAGCCAUGUGGUGCUGAUGAGGAUGAAAGCACCCAAUGAAGCCUGAUCCCCCAUGAGCCCCGGGGGCAGUAGUGACCCAGAGCUGGAUGGACAGCAUCACACCAUGUGCCAAGUCUCUUGUGCUGCUCUGCUUCACCGUGCCCCUGCUCUGCAAGCAGGGUGUCAACUAUGGAUGCCCCCUUGGCUCCCCUGUCCCCAGCCCCUCCUGCCUCUGUACUCAAUCCCUUCCUGGGGCCAGGAGCCAGAGUACAGGGUGCCAAGUAGCAGAGCAGGGAGCAGCAGCCUGGCCACAGAGCACUGGGACUCCCCCUCCCUCACCUCACAUCAUUUCCUUGAGUUGCCCCAGCCCCAUGCCCUCAGCCACAGCCUGUGCUGAGGUGUGAAGCCAUCACACGGGGCCAGGAUCUAAGCACACAGCCUCAUCCCAAGCAGGGCUGUGUGUGCCUUUGCAGCUUAGCCCUGCAGGGCUGGGCUGCCUCUGCUUGGCUCGGAGCCUGGUGUGCUCCGUGGUGGCACACCCCAGUGACUUGGCCGCGUCCACGCUGCCCUCCCUGCCUACUGGCAGCGUGGCAAGAGUGGAGCAUCUUCCUCUGCCUCCAGCAGAGUCCUUGUCCUCACAUGCCUGUGUUUCCCAUGCCAACAGCACUAUGGGACUACGUGUGCCCUGGGCAUCCACCAACUGCAGCCCUGCCCAGAACAGCUGCACCCUCUCCUCUCCCUAUUCCCAGCCCUGAGAGUGCCCGCUCUGUGCCUGCUCCUGUUGCCUGCUCCCAGCCUGAAUGCUGCUGCUGGCAUAGGGCAGGCGGGCAAAGCCCUGAGGUCCAGCUAUGGGCAGAUGGGACUGCACUGCCCCAGCAGCUACUGUGCCUCCUCCAGCCAGCAAGGCACAGGCACAGCUCCAUGUGUGGCACUGGGCCAUAUGGGGUAUGGCACUAUGGGACAAGAGUCUCAAUGCAUGGUGCUGCUUGUGGUGCUCUAGGAGCCAGUGCUGGCACAAGCAACAAUGCAGUUGUGUGUAUGUGAUGGGAUGGAUGCUCUUCUGGGCUGAGACCUGCACGACAGCUGCAAACAGGACUGUGCCUCGGGGCCGUUCGGUACUGCUCUGUGACCAUUAAAGCACGGUUGUCCAAAUCCAAGAGCUGUUUGUCUGCUUCUCUGUGGUGAGAGGCACCCUUGGUACAAGCCAGCAGGGAGAGGAGCUUUCAAUUAUUGCCUCUCUCAAGUGAUUUUUUCAUGGUGAGAAUAAGCCCAUGCAGGCUGCUGGGACAGGGUGAGUGUAUCAUGGCUGCACAGCCCAGCUGGGCUGGGGUAAGGGAGGGCUUAGCCAUUCCACUGCAGCAUGACAGCUCUUGGAGGACUCAUUGAGACUUUGGCAAGCUUCCUGACACAAUGCUGCACAGAGCAGGUCUUCCAAGGGUGCCUUCACUAAUGGCCCUGCCCUCUGAACCAUAGCACAAUGGCCCUGAGGUGUUCCCCUUCACUAGGGUGUUGCUCUUCUUCCUCUCUGUGCUGGUCCUCUCUCCUGGGCAAGGAACUCUUGCCAGUCUCAUGUCUCAAUGAGACCAAUAGAGCCCAGGGACACUCCUGUUGGG